CCCCUACAUUUUGCUGGACAGGAUCUGAUCCCGGGAUCUGUUACCUCUUUCUUUUCUCCAGAGCAGACGGAGUAAGAAGUGCAACCAUGGCGAAGAACCACCACAACGACUACAAGAUGAAGUUCUCCGUGGACGAGGAGUACCCCGAUCUGUCCCUGCACAACAACCACAUGGCCAAGGUGCUGACCAAGGACCUGUACAAUAAGAUGAGGGGCAAAUCCACUCCCAGCGGCUUCACCCUGGACGACGUCAUCCAGACCGGAGUUGAUAACCCCGGCCACCCCUUCAUCAUGACCGUGGGCUGCGUCGCCGGAGACGAGGAGUCCUACGAGGUCUUCAAGGAUCUGCUCGACCCCAUCAUCUCCGACCGUCACGGCGGAUACAAGCCCACCGACAAGCACAAGACCGACCUCAACUUCGAGAACCUGAAGGGUGGCGAUGACCUGGACCCCAACUACGUGCUGUCCAGCCGCGUGCGUACGGGCCGCAGCAUCAAGGGAUUCACCCUGCCCCCCCACAACAGCCGCGGCGAGCGCAGAGCCGUGGAGAGGCUGUCCAUCGAGGCUCUGGCCAGUCUGGACGGUGAGUUCAAGGGCAAGUACUACCCCCUGAGUGGAAUGACCGACGCCGAGCAGGAGCAGCUGAUCGCUGACCACUUCCUGUUCGACAAGCCCGUUUCCCCCCUGCUGACCUGCGCUGGUAUGGCCCGCGACUGGCCCGACGCCAGAGGCAUCUGGCACAACGACCACAAGAGCUUCCUGGUGUGGGUGAACGAGGAGGAUCACCUGCGUGUCAUCUCCAUGCAGAAGGGAGGCAACAUGAAGGAGGUCUUCAAGCGUUUCUGCGUUGGCCUGCAGAAGAUUGAGGCGAUCUUCAAGAAGCACGACCACGGCUUCAUGUGGAACGAGCAUCUGGGCUACGUGCUCACCUGCCCCUCCAACCUGGGAACCGGCCUGCGCGGCGGCGUGCACGUCAAGCUGCCCAAGCUCAGCACGCACGCCAAGUUCGAGGAGAUCCUCACCAGGCUGCGUCUGCAGAAACGCGGCACAGGCGGCGUGGACACAGCCUCCGUGGGCGGCGUGUUCGACAUCUCCAACGCCGACCGUCUGGGCUCCUCCGAGGUGGCUCAGGUCCAGAUGGUGGUCGACGGUGUCAAGCUGAUGGUGGAGAUGGAGAAGAAGCUGGAGAAGGGCGAGUCCAUCGACGGCAUGAUCCCCGCCCAGAAGUAAAGCGGGCAGACGAGCAGACGACCGAAUGACUCGCUUAUUCCGUGUUUGUUUGUUUUUUUAUAUGUCCCCAAAAAACGAAGGCGUCGACUUAAAUUCUGCCUGCUGCUUCGGACUCCGUCUCCACCCGCAACGACGCUCCCACUCUCCCCCUCUCUCUGUCCUCCCCCCUUCCCCUUCCCCACUCUGUCACUUUGACUUCCCCGGAUCUUCUUCACUUCAGUGUGACUUCUGCUUUUCCACCCCCCCCUACUCCCUCCCCCCUCUCUCUCUCUCUGAUUUCUUCCCCAUCCUCUGGAACAUCCUGGGAUCAGUCUGCACACAGGCCCCGGUGGUCAUGGCCGGGCCUGUGUGGCUGCACCAAAGAGAAACGACAUCUCGCCUCUUCCGGUUGUGAGAAAGACGAAUGAUUAAAACGUGCCCCAUGUAACAAACA